UGUUGAUCUGAGGUUCUACGGCAGGCAAUAUAUGUUACCUGGAGGUAUAUAUAUCAAGUUGAAAAGCAUUCACAAAGUAGGUUAGGUAGCUAUGAAAAGACGUAUUGUUUUAGGAGUAUACCCUCUCAUCUCUAUAUUUUAUAGCCUUACUCACCAUGACGAUAUUUCGAUUCUGUGUGGGCUUGGCCGCAUUAGCCGGCGGUGUUCGAGCAGCAGCGAUUUCUAGAUCGGCGCACGAGGAUGGGAUUUCGCUUGUGCAGCCCGUGUAUAAGCCGCUGGACUUAGGCUCGGUCAAACCCCUGGGAUGGUUUAAAGACCAGCUCGAGCUCGAGGCGGCGGGAUUGUCGGGGAACAUGUUUGAUUUCUAUCGUUUCGUUCACGAUUCGAGGUAUAUUGGGGGUUCGACGGAGUAUUCCGGCUUAAGCGAAGCCUCGCCUUACUGGUUCAACGGCCUCGUCCCGCUGGCUUUCGGGCUGGGAGACGAGAGGAUCAUCGGCCAGGUGAGGUACUAUCUGGACUACAUCCUCGACCACCAGCAGGAGGACGGGUGGAUCGGGUGGGAGACGACGCAAGCUACGAGAGGGCUCUGGGCGCGGUGUCUGGUCCUGCUGGGACUUAUACAAUACGCGGAAGCGGAUCCGACUCAGACGGAACGUAUCGUCGACGCUAUGCAUCGCUACGUUGUUCUUGCGCAUAGUAUGCUUCAGAACAACUACACCGGCCUCCUUGUGCAUGGAAACGACACAUUCGACACGGCCGGCUUUGGAGUAGGUCGGACUCACGAGAUGCACAUCCCACUGCAGUGGCUCCUCGAGCGCUACCCUCGGAACAACUCCGAGAUUAUCUGGGAGACCAUGGAACUCAUGAUCCAGGGAGGCGUACUGUGGGGAGCAGACUGGAGAACAUUUUGGACGGACGAAGCAUACCCGCACGUCCUGUACGAAACAACUCCUUAUAACCUAAGUUGGGUCUUCAUCCACGGAGUGAAUAUGGCGCAAGGACUACGAUACCCCCUCUCGCUCUACCGCAACAGCAAGGACGAAACCCUCAAGCAGCAGACGCGCAAGGCCGUCGACCUGCUGGCGAAGUACCACCGCUCGCUCGCGGGCACGAUCACCGCCGACGAGUACAUCUCCGACCUGAACCCGAGCAGGGGCGCCGAGCUGUGCAUCGCCGCCGAGGUCAUGUUCUCCUCGGCGUACAUCUACCAGUACCUGGGCGACAACGACAUCGCCGACUGGGCCGAGCAGAUUGCUUUCAACGCCUUUCCCGUCUCGGUCUCGGGCGACUGGUGGUCGCACCAGUAUGUGCAGCAGGAGAAUCAGCCGUGGUCUCGAAACUUAAGUACCGACGACCUCUGGUGGGACGUGAACUCGUACGCUAACGUCUUCGGCCUCGAACCAAACUAUCCAUGCUGCACCGUCAACCACCCGCAAGCCUACCCGAAAUUCCUCGCCAACUCCUUCGCCACGACCCCCGACGGCGGCCUAGCCCACGUAUUCCUCGUCCCUGGCACCGCCGCCACAACCCUCGGCUCCAACAACAACAACAACAACUCCGUCUUCGUCUCCGUCAACACGACCUACCCCUUCGGCCACACCCUCACAUACACCAUCACCGCCUCUUCCCCUUUCGACUUCUCCAUCCGCAUCCCCGGCUGGGCCGACCCCAGCCGCAGCACGAUCACCACCAACUCCACCGCCGGCGUAACCCGCACGACGACCCUACUAUCAUCCGACCCCGACCCCUCCUCUUCCUCCAGCAGCAGUAACUUGCAGCGCAUCCCCGUCCCCGCGGGCACCAGCACCGCGACCCUGCGCCUCUCCACCACCCCGCGCGCCGUCCGCCGCGCCAAUGACACCGCCGCCAUAUACCACGGCGCGCUGCUGUACGCCCUCGCCGUCGAGCACGACGCCGCGCCCCGCGCCCCCGCCGAGUACCGCAGCGGCAACCCGCUUCCGCCGUCAACGACCGAUCCGCACGGACAUACGCACGACUACGUGCUGACGCCGAAGCCGGGGAGCAGGUGGAACGUCGCGAUCGAUCCGACGCGGAUCCGGGUCGUGCGGAGGAGGAGAAGCGCGGAUGCAGAUGCGGCCGAUUCCGAUUCCGGUUUGGGUGCUUUCGAGGAGCAUGUGGAUGACGUUCUCGAGGUUGGUAGUGACGAGCUGAAGAACCCGAUCUGGGAGCUAGGCGCGCCGCCUGUCGAGCUGCGCGUUGCCGCUGUGGAGAUCGAUUGGCCGAUCGUCAGGGACACGGCGGCGGACCCGGGCACGUUCGAGGUGAAGCCUAAGGGGAAGCCGUUUUACGCCCGCUUUGUGCCUUACGGCUCGAGUAAGUUGCACAUGGCGUUGUUGCCUGUCGUUCAGCUGCAAGAUGUACCUGACUUCGAUAUAUCGGAUUAAAAAGAAAGAAAAAGCAGUACCUAAUGUAUAUGUAUUUUACUAUCACAAAGAAAUCACACCCAAGAAAUCACAUCCAAGAUCGUAAGAUAAUAAUAUAUAAAUAUUGAACGCAUAUCCGUAGGGGCAAAAAAAAAAAAAAAAAAAAAAAAGCAGACACUUUGUACCGUUUGUUUGGUGUAAAUUUUAGGGAAAAGGGCACA